AUGAAUGCACUUAGAGGAUUAUUAAAUAAAUAUACAGGUAAUCAAAUUGUUUUUAGUAAUAAAUAUGCAACCACUUUUUUUGAAAAAUUCCCAAAAUUAGCAUUUUUAAACAAUGUCACAAAUUUAGCACCAAUGAUGAAAUGGUCACUUUCAAUUGUACCAAUUACACAAAUUUUAUCAGGAACUAAAUUACCAGAAAAUAUAGAUGUUUAUCAAGCAUCAUCAUUAUGUGCUACUGGUUCAAUUUGGACUUAUUAUGCCACAUUAAUUUCCCCACAAAAUACAGGUACAAGAAUGUUAGCAGCUUGUAAUGCAGCAAUGGCUGCGUGUCAUGGUUAUAAUAUUUAUCGUAGAACGAAAUGGGAAAAAAGUCAAAUUAUACCAAUCGAAAAUAAAAAUUAA